AUGGAGACGGGACUCCACCGCGGUGUCGACGACCUUACAAACGUGUUUGUUCUUUCUUCUGACUCGGGCUCAACACAGGGUCUUUUCCAAGUUCCAAAGUCUCUGAACAUCGACCCAGCCCGACAACGACGUGCUCAUCGAAAAUCCCGAGCAGGAUGUGAUAACUGCAAAAGAAGGCGAAUCAAGUGCAAUGAAGAACUACCCUGUGGGAACUGUACGCGUAGGAAAGAACCCUGUCAUAUAUCGAGACGAGCCGCCUCGGCCGUCUUGACCUCAUCCUCGCCGACUCAGCCCGUGAACCUGGAGACUGGACCGAGUCCAAUGGGCGCCAAUGUGAACCUACUGCACAUGGAACUAUUUCAUCAUUUCCAAACAAGCACGCAGCACACCCUCGUUGGCGAAUCGGAGUUCUGGGCCUAUGCAAUACGAUUGUCCUUUCAUUUCGAUUAUGUGAUGAAUGCAAUUCUGUGCGUUGCAGCUCGGCACCGGGCAUCGCUACAGCCCGGGGGAACGAUGUACGCCACAGCAGCAAAUAAUCAUUUGUCCAGAGCAUUGGUCAGAUUUCGGCAUGAAAUGGCUCGUCCCUUCCCUUCGAUGCAUCUGGAUGCCUUCAUCCUCACGUCUCGCUUGCUUCAUUACGAGAUCUGGAUGGGAGACGAUGUCAAGAGGCCUCAGGAAGAUGUUUGCAUCAUGCAUGGAAGAGACGCACUAACAGACCGCCUAUUCUCAUACUGCUCAAGUAUGAAGCAGGUCUUUUUAAAGUGCGUGCCACCCGCUUUUGCUCAACCCUCUGUAUGCAUCUCGCACAUGCAACAUAAUUCCCCCAUCGAAUUCUUGACCGCAAUGAGCGAGCAGAAAAACAGCAAUCUAAGGAAUCAAUACCGAAACCGCCUCCUACACAGUCCGAUAAGCCCGGAGCUCUUAGAUCUUAGCAGUAUUGUUGGUACAGAGCCUGCCAAGGAUACAAGCAACAAGUUUGCGGAAGCCACUUCUGCUUUGUCCGAGCAUGAGGACGGCGAGGGUGAGAUUGCCGAGUACGAGAGACCCGUUAGUGGCUUAUCUCUCCUUCUAUCAUUUCUUCCCGGCGGCCACUCACAGUCAGAAGGAGAGCCUCAGAACGUCAAUAGCUCUCAUGUCGAGACGAUACUGCCAAAGUUGGCCAGCUAUAUUCUCCUCUUCCCAGUCCAGUGCUACGGACCAUUUGCUUCCAAGGUUCAGCAAAGCGACUUACGGGCACUGAUCGUGUUGUACCACUUCUAUCGUGCCGUGAGGAUCCUGUUACCAUCGCGCGUGUACUGGUGGGCACACCAUCGUGCCAGAGCUUCAGAACAAAUUCUGCACGAUUGGUUGACAAGACAGAUGUCUAGAAGCAAGUGA